CAUAACGCUUUAUAGACCUGGACGCCAAUGGACGAACAGUCUGGACGUUUAAUGAUAACUGCGUCAGAGGAAAGUCCAUGUUUUGUGCUUUACCACCAUUUUUUUGAUGACGUAAUUAAAUUUACAAACGACACCUCUGUCAAUUCUGAAACAAGUUUAUUCUAACUUUCACUUUUCCUGAAACAGUAGUGGUUGUAUUCAAGGAAAAAAAUCAGAUCAAAUAAUGGCAACUACAGUGGUUGUCCAGCAGCCUUAUAUAGCGUCACAUAGAAAUCCCUGGAGUUCAGGGCUGUGCGACUGUUGCCAAGACAUGAACUCUUGCUGCUUUGCAUUUUGGUGCUGCCCUUGCUUUGCUUGUUCCACCACUGGGGAGCUUGGGGAGAGCCCCUGUCUGCCUCUGUUAGACUUGUUUGGCCCGGGUGUCUUGGCUGCUUUAGGGUUCCCAGUAUGUGUGCCACCGGUAUCUCUGGGAAUGCGGGUGGCCGUUCGUCACAAAUACGAAAUCGUGGGCAGUAUCUGCGAGGAUAUCAUGGUGUCCUGUUGUUGUAUUUGGUGUUCCUGGUGUCAGAUGAGCAGGGAAAUCAAGGAACAUAAAAACCCCAUCACCAUAAUGACCACACAACCCCUGGUACAAGUUGUUCCCAACAUAUCCACCACCACCACACAUGUUGUGAGAGGGCAGCCAUUUGGAAUUAUGUCACCAGUCCAGAUGGGUCCACAUCUUAUCCUGACUUCUCCAUAGAGGGAAGCCCCAGCUGCCAUUCGUCCUAAAUAGAUUUUACUUACAUAAUGUUUUAAAGGCUGUUAAAACUAUUCAAUAUAUAGUGGUCAUUCCCAAUUUGCCAUGUUGAUGUACUUUGGGGUUACACAAUUAUUUACUGGCAACAGUUUGUUCAAAGAUAAAUGAACAUUACACAUCAGGCAUGAGGGCGGCCCUCUUGGGAACAGGUGCAGGUAUGGCGGCCAUUUUAAAAACAGGUGCCAGCAUGGCGGCGGCCCUGAAAAUAACAAGAUGUUAUCUUUACAGAAAAAAACUAUAAAAAGUACAGAAUUAUGCAAAGCUUUUGGGAACCAAAAUAAAAAAAGGUUGAUAAGGAUUUCUGGUUUAGGGAAUGCUUUGCAUGAGGCUGUUUCUUUAUAAUUUCAUUCUGUAAAGACAAAGACUUAAUGUUUAAUAUUCAUUUUUCUUUGAACAAUAAAUUUGAUAAAUAUAAAUCUACAGUAAGUUACUGUAUUUUUGUAUUUUUAAGCUACAGCUAUUUUUUAACGUGCAUGUUUGAGCUCAAAACCCUGCUCCUAUAUUUAUUUAUGGAGUAUACUAUGUAAAUUGGUUUAUAUGAAAAUACGCAGUGACCUGUGAUCUAUAUGAGCAGUUUAAUGCUGUAUAACUUGCAUGAUUAAUAUAAAUGAUGACUGAAUGGGCAUUCUGAUACAGUAUAUUGUUUGGUGUUUUAUUUUGGGGUUUGGGCAACCAUUAUUAUAGAGUUAUUCUCUUAUUCAAUUUUAAACUAUGUUGUGAAAGCGUAAAACAUAUAAACAUACAAUGAUAUUUUCAGUUCAAUUUAGUAAUAAUAGCAUUUUAGACAGCCUGAAAAACAGUUAAAAUGACUUUUUUCCUUAACGUGUUUGCAUUUUUUGUAACUGUAAAUGUAUAAGAUGUGAACAGACACAAUAAAGCAUACAAAUACACUUUGUAAUUAGAAUGGUAUUUGCUAACGAAAAGUACU